AUGGCUCGCUCGAAUCCGGUCAAGAGGUUCGCCGGCCUCCUCUGGGGCGACUGCCAGACCAAGGCCCCGUGGCAGCGCAUCAUCAAAAACUCCCUUGCCGCCUUCAUCGCCGUCAUCAUCGCCAUCCUCCCGCCGCUCAAGACCAAGUCCACCUUUCUGAUCCCCAUGAUUGCCGUCUUCGCCAACCCCGGCCAGCGCAUGGGCAGCAUGAUCGAGGCGCUUCUCAUGAUUCUCCUCGGGUCCUUGGUCGGCCUCGCGUGGUCGCUCCUGUCUUUGUAUCUGUCGAGUCUCGUCGAGAAUUCCAAUCCUCCGGCGGCUUACACGAUCCGCGCGCUUUUUCUCCUGACGACCACACUCAUCCACGGCUACUUCCGGUCAUCAAGUCCCCGCCUCUUUCUGUUCGUCUACUUUCUCAUUGUCGAGUCGCUCUUGACGAUUCAACUACCCUCGACUGCGACUACAACGCUCUUCACCACGAUUUACGUGCCGACGCUGAUUGGCGCAGGCGUCGCCCUCGUCGUUCAUCUGGCCAUUUUCCCCGAGUUCUCGAGCAGCUAUCUGGGCUCGUCAACCAUCGAUACUCUGACGGACACGAUGGAAACCUUGAACCGCGCGACCAAUUGGUUCAUAACGCCAGGAGGGGACGCCGAAGAAUGCAAGGAGAUGUGUGCUACCUUGACACGCAAGAGCUCCCGCGGCAAGCAUGCGUCGAGAUGGCAGAGGACGAGGCGCCGCAUCACCGGGCUCCUGGCACAGCUACCAAGUCCGUUCAAGGCAACCAAAACGCCCUCCGCCUUUGUCGACAUCCCUUGUCACCUCACGACUCUAGCUCAACUGACUGCGCAAAAAGCCAAGCUUCGAGCCCAACUCUCCCGUUGCAAGGCCGCCCAGAACGAAGUUAACUUUGAGAUAUCCAUAUCCGCCCUCCCACCCAUCUCGAUGAAGCCCAUCAGCACCCAGCUCAUGACAAGUGCCGUGCAAAACAUCAUCAUCCUCAUCGGAGCCUGCGAGAACAAGUUCAUCGUACUUGGCAACGAAGAGGACGCCGAAGAGCCGAUUAUGGGUACCGAGCGGCCCUCCCGGCCGGUCACUCCAGACUUGACGCCCGACUCUGAGCCCACGACGCCUUUGUCGCGGCCAAAGUUUGAUAAACAGAAGAGUUAUGCGGACAGGAUUGAUAAGGUCAAGCCUGUCAAGGAACUCGAGACGGGCAGUGCCCCGCUACUCGAGUCGAUCCUACAACACAUCAAAGCGCCCGUGCUCGAGUUCCAGGUGUCCAUGGACAACGCUGUUGCCUUGGUGGCGUCGUGUCUCGCCUACUGCUACGACGUGCCGACACUACCCUCGGGAGCUCCGGCUCCGCACGGAAUACCCUUGGAAGAGAUCGAUUUACGGAUCGACGAGUUUACCGGAGCCAUUUCUCGUUUCGACAGAAGGUCGACCGACGAACUCAAGCGCGCCGCCAUGGAGUCGGGAGAGUCUGUCGACCUGAUGCCGCGUAUGGAGACCUUCCUAGUAUCAUCUUUUCUGCUUGCAUAUCGCGACUCGGCGGCUCAUGUCCUGGGGAUGCUCCGCCACUCUCGCAAUCUGGUUGACAAGAGACAGAGGCGCCACAACCGGUCACGGAUCUGGAUGCCUCACAUCACUAGUCUCCGCCAGUGGCUCAGCACAGGAGGAGAGUCUGACGCCAUGGUGCUUCCCGAGGGAGCGAAGAAAGCCGCUCGCACUGGCAAGGAUUCUCGGUCAACGCCUCCCGCCAAGGAUGAAGAACCGCCGCCUUAUGAUGAAGUUGGCCUGCGGUAUCCAGGGGAUGAAGAGACGGCUGCCACGAAUGCCCCAUCCGAAAAGCCAAGUAAGCCGAAAAAGUCGAAACGCCAGCGAAAAAGUCACAAGAAGUCACAAGAUUCAGCAGACAAGAGCUGGUUAAUGACUGUUCGAGCGUGCACCGCCGAUGCGAUCGAGUGGGCUCAGGACUCGGACGACCUGCACUAUGCGGUCAAGCUGGCCAUGGCCGUGUUUCUGGUCACCUGGCCUGCCCUGGUGGCCUCAUGGAACGCCUGGUACACCGAGGUCCGCGGCGUGUGGGCUCCCAUGCAGCUCAUCCUCGUCUUCGAAGUGGCUAUUGGCACCUCACUGUUUGCCAUCGGCCUGCGUUUGUUCGGCGUUGUCAUUGGCUGCACCUUUGGGUACUUGGCUGUCGAGAUUGGGAGAGGGAACCGAGUCGCCGCCGUGGCAAUCCUAGUGUUUGGCAUCGUCCCGUCGGUGUAUGUACAGGUCACGACCAAAUACGUCAAGGCGGGCAUCGUUGCCAUAGUAUCCAUGGCGGUGGUCACGCUUGCGUCGAUUGAUCUUGGCUCUCAAGACUAUGAGGUGUAUUACAAGCGGCUCGUCGCCUUCAUGGUGGGUGGACUCACUGCUGUCCUCGUCGAAGUUUGUAUCGCUCCGGUUCGAGCCAGAGACCGCCUCGUCGAGUCGCUCUCAGCAUCAGUCCGUCAGGUGCAGAAGAUGCAGGCUAGCCUUGCCGUUGGCGUCGACACGCCCGAGCGGCUCGACUUGAAGUCGGAGAAACUUCUGAACCGCUUCAACCAUGCCCGCGACAAGGCUCAAGCAGCCCUUGCGGCCGCAGAGACGUUUCUCCCAUUUUGCUUCAACGAGCCUCGCCUCAAAGGCAGCUUCAAACCUCUUGCUCCGAUAUACGAGGAAAUUAUAUAUGUCCUCCACCAGGUCAUUGACCGGAUGGAUAGCGUCGUACAGCUUCGUCGCGCAUACGGCUCAUCCAUCCUCGAGGACCUCAACCCAAAGGUGUACGCAUACAGAAGGAGCGUGGCCGCCACGUGCACCCUCACGCUUUUCUCCGUCAACGAGGCCCUGACCACGUGGCUGCCUCUACCCCAAUUCAUCCCAUCCGCUCGCCUCGCCCAGCUGCGGCUGAUAAACCGCGUUCGCGAGAUCCUCAUGAGGCAGAGCUCCAGCGCUGAUGUGUCCACCGUCAGGAGGUUCGCAACCAGGGCCGAGCUCGACGAGGAGACAGCGAGCUUAAUCACCAAGCGGAAGUUCCUUUCGUGGAACGCCAGCACCGCCGGCAUGAUGGAGAUUAUCGAGUACCUCGAAGAGCUCAUAGACUUGGUCAAGCUGCUGGUCGGGGUCAACGCCUUCCGCAGCGGCAUGCUCGAGCGGCCCAACUACGGCGACUACGCCCAGACCCUCGGGGGAGACCAGAGGCAAAUGGCCAAGGUCGGGUCGUCGCAGUCUGGGGGCUCUAGGUCGACAGACGCCCAUGGGCCUUCGACCUCGGCCGCCGCCGUCGACACGGGGGUCUCGUUGCGGAGAGCUGCGACGGUCGCUCAGCAGGCUCCGCACGGUCAGCGCGACGGGGCAGGCGAUGUUGCCGCCGUCGAGGAGGAAGACGAGGUUCUGCCCCUGAGCCUGCAGAGGGUUGGGACGAGGUUGCGGCGGGCUGAUACGGUGGUGAGGCGGAGACGGUUCACAUUUAGCGGGCAUUGA